AUGGAGGCUCCUCCCGCCGACCGCGUUCCCGCCGAAGGCACCCCGCCGGCGACCGUGGCGGAGGUGCGCUGCCCGGGUCCCGGUCCGCUACGCCUGCUCGAGUGGAGGGUGGCGGCGGGCGAAACCGUGCGCAUCGGCUCGGUGUUGGCUGUGUUCGAGGCCGCCGCCGCCUCCGCGCCGCCCGCCGGGCUCCCCCCUGUCCGCGCCGGCUCCGGGGGCUGCGUGCGCGCCGAGCGCAGGCUGAGGUCGGAGCGCGCCGGCGUGGUGCGGGAGCUGUGCGCCCAGCCGGGCCAGGUGGUGGCUCCCGGAGCGGUUCUGGUCCGAGUCGAAGGAUGCAGCCACCCAGUCGUCAUGAAGGGUUUGUGUGCCGAGUGUGGCCAAGACCUGACUCAGCUGCAGAGCAAGAACGGGAGGCAGCAGAUGCCACUGUCCACAGCCACCGUGUCGAUGGUGCACAGUGUCCCGGAGCUGAUGGUGAGCUCCGAGCAAGCCGAGCAGCUAGGGAGGGAAGACCAGCAACGACUGCAUCGGAACAGGAAGCUGGUGCUCAUGGUCGACUUGGACCAGACCCUGAUCCACACCACCGAGCAGCAGUGCCAGCAGAUGUCAAACAAGGGCAUCCUACACUUCCAGCUGGGCCGGGGUGAGCCGAUGCUGCACACCCGCCUGCGCCCGCACUGCAGGGAGUUCCUGGAGAAGGUCGCCCGGUUGUACGAGCUGCACGUCUUCACGUUCGGCAGCCGGCUAUAUGCACACACGAUCGCAGGCUUUUUAGACCCUGAGAAGAAGCUUUUUUCUCACCGAAUAUUGUCGAGGGACGAGUGUAUUGACCCAUUUUCUAAAACAGGGAACCUCAGAAAUCUCUUUCCUUGUGGAGACUCAAUGGUUUGCAUUAUUGAUGACCGAGAAGAUGUCUGGAAGUUCGCCCCCAAUCUGAUCACCGUAAAGAAAUACGUCUACUUUCAGGGCACAGGGGACAUCAAUGCUCCCCCGGGGUCCCGGGAGCCUCCGGCGAGAAAGAAAGUGAAUUAUCCUCCCAAAGGUGCUGACAUCGCAGAUCAAGCUCCGUCCAUUAAGGACCCUGAGGAGGGAAGGCCAGUUUCUGCAAUCGAGCAGAGUAAUGGCCUUGGGAAGCCCAUGAGGGAACUCAACGGGGACUGGGCCUCGCCUGCUGCCCGAGCCCCUUUGGUGGACGGUAGGGGGCCCCCAGUGUGUGUUCAGCAGCAGGCUCGGACCUCAGUGGAGAAGCAGCCCGCUCAGGGCACAGCAGGCAAUGACCUGGACUUUGACUUAUCCAGUGACAGUGAGAGCAGCAGUGAGUCGGAGGGUCAGUCCUCCACCACCUCUGAUGGCGAAAGUGGGGAAAAGAAGAGCCAGAAGAAGCCCAAGGCUGCGAAGGACACCAGGAGAGCCGUGCAGCAGGGUGGCGCCCCUGGCCCGGGUGUGGAGAGGCCCACACGGCCGAAUCACUGCGGAGAGCCUGUGCCCGGAGUCCAGCCUGAUCUGCAGGAGGAGGGCGAGCGAGACAGCUUCUGUGGGCUGGCGGGUGGCUCUGCCGACAAGAAGGAGGCCGAAACGGAGUCCCAGAACAGUGAGCAGUCAGGUAUCACAGUGGGCGAGUCCCUGGACCAGAGCGUGGAGGAGGAAGAGGACGACGAGGAGGAGGACUCUGAUGGUGAUGACCACCUGGUCCACCUGGAGGAGAUCCUCGUCCGCGUGCACUCUGACUACUACGCCAGGUACGACCGCUAUCUGCGCGGGGAGACCCAGGAGGCACCCGACAUACGGAAGAUCGUCCCUGAGCUCAAGAGCCGAGUACUGGCGGACGUGGCCAUAAUAUUCAGUGGGCUGUACCCCACCAACUUCCCGGUGGAAAAGACACGAGAGCACUAUCAUGCCACGGCCCUCGGAGCCAAGAUCCUCACCCAGCUGGUGUUAGACCCUGACGCCCCUGACAGGGCCACCCACCUGAUUGCUGCAAAGGCAGGCACAGAGAAGGUGCGGCAGGCCCAGGCGUGCGGACAGCUGCAUGUGGUGAACCCUGACUGGCUGUGGAGCUGCCUGGAGCGGUGGGACAAGGUGGAGGAGCAGCUGUUCCCGCUGAGCGAGGACUACGGCAAAGUGCAGAGGGAGGACAGUCCCGCAGCCUUUCCCGACAGGCAGGGUGCACUGCCAGCUGCCUUGUUCCACCCGACACCCGUGCACCCCAAGGCCCAGCCCGGCCCCGACGUCCGGAUCUACGACGCCAGCACGGGCAAGCUCAUCCGGAAGGGCACUACCAGCCCCGGGCCCCCCGGCUCCCUGCAGAUCCACACGGGACACUCCUCUUUCAGAGCUGUUCAGCCUCAGCAGCAGCAGAUGUUUGGUGAAGAGCUGCCAGAUAAUCCUGAUGGAGAACAGCCUGGUCCUUCUAGAAGAAAGCGACAGCCCAGCAUGUCAGAGACCAUGCCGCUGUACACUCUGUGUAAGGAGGAUUUAGAGAGUAUGGACAAAGAGGUGGACGACAUCCUAGGAGAAGGCAGCGAUGACAGCGACAGCGAGAAGAAGAAGCCGGAGGAGCAGGAGGAGGAGCAGGAUGGGGCAUCUCAGCCCAGGGAGCCCAAGGCCCCAGCAGCCCAGAGGGGGCACAUACUCCAGUCGAAGUCACCCAGCGAGAAGAGUGCACCGGAGACCCGGGGGCCCAGGGGCCACAAAAGGAAGCUGAACGACGAGGACGCGGCCAGCGAGUCCAGCAGGGAAUCCAGCUGUGAGGACGAGGAGGGGAGCAGCUCGGAGGCAGACGAGAUGGCGGCAGCACUGGAGGCGGAGCUCGACCUCAUGUGA